GAUAAGGACUUCACUUAUGCGCCUCACACACACACACUAUUCAUCCAACACUUUCAUGACUUCAUAAUAAAUAAUAAUAAUAUUAUAUGUUUCUGAAUUUUGCAUUUCUUCUCACUCAUCUUCUUAUGUAGUUAAUGUCUUUGUUUCUCUGUUUCUCUGUUUCCACUCACUCACUUCACUUUCACACACUCUCUCCUCUCUGCUGCUUCUGUCACCGCUCUUUAAUUUUGCUCCAUGAAACCGUUGCAACACUAAGCUUGCUCUUCUUCAUACAGUGUGACCCUUUUCAGUUUUGAUCCUCAAUCUCUACAUAAAUAGUUAGGUGUAUUGAACAUUGUGGGGUUCGAAUCUUGUUGUGAAAUAUUCUUGAGAUUAGAGGAGCUUGAAGAGUAAAUGCAUGGAUCGUGGGGACCAAAUGGCGUUGUCUGGUUCUGCAUCUUAUUAUAUGCAGAGAGGAAUGCCUGGUUCUGGAACACAGCAACCUGACUUGCACAAUUCGCCUAGUAUGCGUCCAUUGUCGAAUCCUAACCUCUCAUUUCAACCAAGUAUUGGGGGUAGUACCAUUGGAUCCACCAUGCCAUUGGAAUCUUCGGGGAUGUCAUCUCAAUGUGUCAAUGUUGGUGCCCCUUCUGGAGCUCCUCCCGGAGAACCGGUCAAAAGGAAGAGAGGUAGGCCUAGGAAGUAUGGGCCGGAUGGAACUGUUUCACUGGCAUUGACUCCAACGCCAGCUACUCAUCCGGGAACCAUGACACAACAAGGCCAGAAACGGGGUAGAGGUCGCCCUCCAGGGUCAGGGAAGAAACAGCAGCUGGCCUCUCUUGGUGAAUUGAUGUCUGGUACAGCUGGGAUGGGUUUCACUCCUCAUAUCAUCACCGUUGCGGUUGGAGAAGACAUCGCAACCAAAGUUAUGGCGUUUUCUCAGCAAGGGCCUAGAGCAAUUUGUAUUAUGGCAGCCACUGGUGCUGUCUCUACCGUGACACUUCGACAACCUUCAACUUCCGGCGGCACUGUAACAUAUGAGGGCCGUUUUGAGAUAUUGUGCCUAUCAGGCUCUUACUUACUUACCGAUAGUGAUGGAUCUCGCAAUCGAUCUGGGGGACUAAGUGUUUCCCUUGCUAGUCCUGAUGGCCGUGUUAUCGGUGGAGGAGUUGGCGGAGUACUUGUUGCAGCAUCUACAGUUCAGGUUGUAGUUGGGAGCUUUAUUUGGGGCGGAUCGAAGGCGAAGAAACAGAAAAAAGAAGGUUCCUCCGAAGGAGCAGAAGUUGCUAUGGAGCCGGAUCAUCAGACGGUUCAUAACAUUUCUCCGAAUCAAAAUCUUACUCCAACCUCGUCUCUAAGUCCGUGGCCUAGUUCGCGACCAAUGGAUAUGCGCCAUUCGCAUAUUGACAUCGAUUUAAUGCGUGGGUGACACAUUGUUUAGCAGAUAUAAACUAGUACUUGGUAUAUAUAUUCAGAUUAUUGGUCACAAAUCUAAUUUUCUUGUAGCAAGAAGAGAUGAGAGUAGAGAAUUUAGGUGACUUUUUAAUUUGGAACCCAAACCCAUGAUUGACUUUGGCUUCAGCUGUGAGGAGUAUUUUAUUUGGAAGAUUUCAUGUACCUUGAUUGAAUACUUGUACUUGUUUAUUUGUUGGUUUAGGCAUAGAUUUAAGCGAGGGCGAAUGUUAGUAUGAAGAUUUGGUUGCUAAUGUUGUGCCUAAUGGAAUUUCUCCUUCUUUC